AUGCUUUUCAUCGGCCGUGAAGGAGAGAAAACCAAAACAGAGCGCGCAAAAAGCAAAGGGGGAGCUUGCGAGGAUGAAUCAUCUCCUCGGAGGCGGCUGUGCAUCAAGGGCCGGGGGGGGCAGAACCACCACCCCUCAAGGCUGCGAUGCGUGGCCCAGAUCCGCGGGGAUUGGAUGAUGUUGGAUGUCAAUGUUUUGCGGAGCUUGGAAAGCUACACCUGGUGGUGGUGGGGACGGACGGCCGCUUCCCAGGCCUGGGCCGUCUAUAAAGGCAGGUACGAGGCAGGGCAGGACAAGCCCUCCGUCUGGAAGACCCGCCUGCGCUGUGCCUUGAACAAAAGCAGCGACUUCAAGGAGGUCCCCGAACGGAGCCACCUGGACACCUCCGAGCCCUACAAAGUCUAUCGGAUUGUCUCCGAGCAUCCCUCCUCGCCGGAAACAGAUAAGGAAAACACCAAAGAGCCCCAGGCGGAGUCCAACCGACCCUCAACAUCUGCACCUCAAGAGAAGAUAGCCGAGGGUAAAGCAGAGACGGCUGGGCAGCCCUCAGGUUCAGGCCAGGAAAGCAAGGAGGAACCAGUGGGAAUUUCCCCGGUGACUUCUACGUUGGGAUCUCAAGCCUCUCAGAUGCCAAACCAUGCUGAGCACCAAGGCUGCCAGGUGAAGGGUUUUUUCUACGGCUGGAACCCAGCACAGUUUCGCCGCCAUUGGAAUCGUCCCUUCGUGGGUCCCAGCUCCCAGUACACGGACGCCGAAAAUAUUAUGUCAGAUUGCUGGCUGCAUAUCCGCCUCUUUUACUGCGAUGUGCUGGUGAAGGAGGUAACCACCAGCACGGCAGAGGGCUGCAGGAUCACCUCGUCUCCGGUGCACACGGAUAACACCCGCCUUUACGGCCCGAGCGGUGUGGAGCAGAUCCAGUUGCCCUCUCCAGGCAUCCUGGCUGGGAACAGCCAGGUGAGAGGCGCCGUCCACAUCUUGGAGCAGCUGCUGCCUCACUUGCACCGGGGGGUGCUCCUUUGGGUGGCCCCGGAAGGGGUCUUCGUGAAGCGACAAUGCCAAGGCAGGGUCUACUGGAAGGGACCUCUUGCACCAGACAGCGACCAGCCCAACAAACUGGAGAGGGAGAAGACUUACAAGCUGCUGGACACCCAGCAGUUCCUCCAACAGUUACGAGGUUACCUGAGCCAUGGAGAGCCGCCACCCCAGUAUCAGAUCCGUCUGUGUUUUGGAGAGGAAUAUCCUCCAGCGCCCAAGCAGAAAUUGCACAAAUUCAUCAUGGCCCAUGUGGAACCGGUCCAGGACUACCGGGUGUGGAGUUCGGAUGCUCCCAGGAAUGUCAUCCGGAUCCUGAAACAGUUGUGCUCACCCUGA